CGCAAAGGCGACUUUACGUUUUUACCAAAUAGUAAUUCACGAAGGGUAACACCUUUUGCAUAGGAGUAAAGAGUAACAGAGCUUAACCAUGGCGAAAGCCAAGGCUCCUCCUCCACCAGCUAAGAAGACAAUUAGGAAACCAGAGGCGUCAGCACCGGCUGGGGCGGCAAUGAAAAAGGGAAAGGCACCGGCUGCCGCGAUGGUUAAGCAGACGAAACAGCAGCUUGCAAAAGGCGCGAAGGGUGAUCGCGGGUUCUCUGACGAGAACGCUAAAUGGCUAAAAUUGAAGCGAAAGCAGCCGGAGCCGGAGGAGGAGUUGGAGGAUGAGGAGGUCGACGGUGAGGAGGACGUGUCGGAUGAUGAUCUGGGCAUCAUGGACGAUGAGUUCGAAGGCGAGGAGGGCGAGGAGGAGAGCGGCGAUGGCGAGGGCGAGGAGGACGAGGAUGAGGAGGGCGAGGAGCUGUUGGAGGGCAAGGAGUUUGUGGACGACGGGGACAGCAGCGACGACGCGGGUGGAGAGGAGGAGCAAGGAGAAGAUGAGGAGGGCGAGGAUGACGAGGGCGAGGAGGAGGAGGAUGGGUCGGGGCCGGAGGGGCUGGACUCGGAGGACAUGGCGGCCCUGAUGGACGGGGAGGAGGGCGAGGAGGAGGACGAGGAGGGCGAGGGCGAGGAGGAGGAGGAGGACAGUGAGGAUGACGAGAUGACGGAGGCUGAGAAGCAGUCCAUGGCUCUGGACCGCUUCAGGCGGCAGCAAGCGGCGCUGGCAGCCCGGGAGGCUCGCGACAUGGCGGCUGACGGCGGUGACGAGCUGGACACCAACAUGGAGGAGGGGGCCACCUUCACACUGCCCAGCGGACAACAGGUGGAGGCCGAGAAGCUGACCCCCCCCGACCUGGCACUGGUGGCGCGCCGCAUGAAGGCCACUGUGGCGGUGCUGGAGGCGUUUGCUGAGCGGCGCGAGGCGGGUCGCAGCCGGGGGGAGUACCUGGCUCAGCUGCGUCGGGACCUUGGGACCUACUACGGCUACAACGAGUUCAUGAUCGACAUGUACCUCAACAUGUUCAGUGUUGCUGAGGCUCUUGAGCUGAUGGAGGCGAACGAGGUGCCCCGACCCAUCACCCUGCGCACCAACACGCUCAAGACGCGGCGGAGGGAGCUGGCGGCGGCGCUCAUCCAGCGGGGGGUCAGCCUGGACCCCAUCGGCCCCUGGUCCAAGGUGGGCCUGGUGGUGUACGAGUCCAAGGUGCCCAUCGGAGCCACCCCCGAGUACAUGGCGGGACACUACAUGCUGCAGGGCGCCUCCUCCUUCAUGCCGGUCAUGGCCCUGGCCCCCCAGCCCGACGAGACGGUGGUGGACAUGGCGGCUGCCCCCGGCGGCAAGACCACCUACAUCGCCGCGCUCAUGCGCAACACCGGCACGGUGUUCGCCAACGAGAUCAGCAAGGAGCGGCUCAAGUCCAUCACCGGCAACCUGACGCGGCUGGGCGUCACAAACACCGUGGUGUGCAACUACGAUGGCAAGGAGCUGCCGCAGGUGCUGGGCGAGCGCAGUGUGGACCGGGUGCUGCUGGACGCGCCCUGCUCGGGUACCGGGGUGGUGUCCAAGGACCCCUCCGUCAAGACCUCCAAGUCGCAGCAGGACAUCUGGCGCUGCGGGCACCUGCAGAAGCAGCUGCUGCUGGCGGCCAUCGACCUGGUGGACGCCAACAGCGCCACGGGCGGCUACGUGGUGUACUCCACCUGCUCGGUGUGCGUGGAGGAGAACGAGGCGGUGGUCAACUACGCGCUCAGGAAGCGGAAUGUCAAGGUGGUCCCCACGGGUCUGGAGUUCGGUCGGGAGGGCUUCAUCCGCUAUCGGGAUUUCCGCUUCCAUCCCUCACUCAAGCACGCGCGGCGCUUCUACCCGCACGCGCACAACCUGGACGGCUUCUUCGUGUGCAAGCUGAAGAAGCUCUCCAACACGGUCAAGAAGAGCGGCGAGGAGAGCGAGGAGGAGGAGGACGAGGAGGGCGCCGUGCAGGCGGGCAGCGAGGACGGAGAUGGAGAGCAGGCGGGCGCCGCUGCUGCUGCUGGCGGCAAGGGCGGCAAGAAGGCGGCGGGACCCAAGCCUGUGAUCAUCCCCGUCAGCAAGCCCAAGUCGCACCCCAAGGGCGCGCAGCGUGUACCCGUCAAGAAGACCGCAGCGGAGCAGCCGGACGCGGACGACGAGGGCAUGCAGGCGGAGAUGGCGGCACUGAAGGCGGCGCUCGCUAAGAAGGGAGACAAGGCGGGAAAGGCCGCAGACAACAAGAAGCCUACUAAGGAGGAAGCUGGCGAGGAGGAGGGCGACGAAGGGCGCGCAGCGGCGGGCAGGCGCGCGGGCCCCAGCGGGCGAGAUGCGGCAGGGGCGGGCGCCAAGGGUGGCAAGGGGAAAGUAGAGGCUGCAACGGAGGGCGAAGAGAAGCCGAAGAAGCAGUCCAAGCCAGCCGGCAAGGGCGAGCAGCAGCCGGCCGGUAAGGGGAAGCAGCAGCAGCAGCAAGCGGAGGAGCAGGCGGCGGGACCCAGUGGGAGACAAGGAGCAGGCAAGGCGGCUGCGGGCGGGAAGGGCGCUGCCGCCGGUGCGGCGAGGAAUGGUGGGGCCGCGCCAAAGGCUAACGGCGCGGCGGCGAAGGCCAAGCAGCCGCAGCAGCAGGGUGCCAAGCCGACCGGGCAGCAGAAGGGGCGGCCGCAAGGCGGGGCUGCGGGCGGGAAACCAGGACAAGGCGGCUCGCCGGCGGGCAAGAAGUCCCCAGGGGGCCCAGCGGCGAAGGGACCCGCUGCCAAGAAGCAGAAGAAGUAAAAGCGGUGGACGUAGCGGGUGGUUCUGCGCGAUCAGGAUAGUAUUGACUCCGUGGAGCAGAUGUGUUUGUGGGUGGUGGAAAUGAAGGGGCUUGACACGGGGGAGUGCGCUGCUCAGUGGGCGCGCCAAAGAAGGCGCGGUGAAGGAAGAGGUGCUGGCAUGUGUUAGGGUGUAACGGGGACAUGCGGCACGGCAAAUUGCAGGAGCACCCUCUAAACGGGAUGGCGGGCUGCUUGGCACAGAAUAGCGUACGGCUGCUGUGCCGAGCCUGUAACGAAC